UAUCAAUCAAUAAAUCAAUCAAACAUAAUCGCGAUUGCAAUCUUCAUCGAAAACAAAAAACAAUUUUUUUCCCUUUUUUUCUUAUUUGUUGUUGUGAAAAUCCAAAACAAAAAUGAUGAACAAAGUUGUCAAUGGAAUCUAUAGUGUUUAUAUUAUAUCUAAAUCUGGUGGUCUCAUCUAUAAUUAUGAUGUUGAAUCAAAUUUUCCAUUAACUGAAGUGGAAAAAACAUUUAGUUUUCCAUUGGAUAUUGUAUUAGAAUUUAAUAAUCAACGAUUAACAGUUGUAUUUGGUCAACGGGAUAAUAUUAGAGUUGGCUAUUCAUUAUUGGCCAUCAAUGGUGAUACAAUUGUUGGCCGUAAAUAUAAAGAUCAAGAUAUUCUUGAUGAUUUUCUUACGAAUGAAGAAAAUUUUCCCGUUAAUCUUAAAUUUGGUUGGCCACGUCUUAGUACAAAUGAAAAAAUUGUUAUGGCAUCAAUGUUUCAUUCAAUGUAUGCAAUAGCUGCAUUACAAAUUAUUCCAAGAAAAUCAUCAUCAUCUACAAAUGAUAAUUUUCGUCGACAUUCCAAUAAUACUGGUAUUGAAUAUAUGGAAACAAAUAAUUUUCGUCUUAGUUGUUUUCAAACAUUAACCGGUGUAAAAUUUUUAAUCAUAAGUGAUCUUCGUGAAACAACAAAUAAAGAUUGGUUAUUACGUAAAAUUUAUGAAUUAUAUUCGGAUUAUGCAUUAAAAAAUCCAUUCUAUAAACUUGAUAUGCCAAUACGUUGUGAAUUAUUUGAUUUGAAUAUAGCACAAUUAUUGGAACAAAAUGAUCGUAAUUUAGCCAGUGUUGGUGGUGGUGAUUCAUCAUCAACAUCGGCUAAUAUUUUCUAAUUUAUCAUAAUCAUCUUUUUUUGUAAAUAAUAAAU